AUGCCUUUUUUCUUUAAGCAUAAAGACAAGGUAAAUAUUAAAGAAACAAUUAAAGACCGAACUACUAAAGCAAUCGUUAAGCAAAACGCUAAGAAGCUAGCCUCGAAGAAAGCUCUUACGAAAGACAAAAUAAAAACAAAAAGCAAGAAAUUAAAACAGUUAAAAAAGAUCAGAAAUCGCAAACUGUCGGAAUACAACGGCCUCUACGGGCAUGCAGCGGAUAGGAAUGGAAGGAACGAUGAGGGUAAUGGUGGACUUGGCACCAAAUUCUCGAGAUGCGCGCCUUUGGUUAAAGGAACAAAGAUUGCGACUCCAACCAAUUCAAUCAAUUCAGCCAAACCAGCAAGUGGAAGCGAUACAAGUGAAGGCGAUAUAAUUAGAAGCGAUACAAGUGAAGGCAAUACAAUUGGAAGCGAUACAAUUAGAGGACCAGGAGCAAUUGGAAGACCAGCAAUUGAAAGAGCAAUUGAACCAACAAGUGGACCAGCAAGUGGACCAGCAAUUAGAAGACAAGCAAGUGGACCAGCAAUUGGACCAGCAAGAAGUGCAAUUGAAGGAAUUGUCAGCUUUGACCAAGGUACAUUCGGAGUACUCCUUUUGCGCUACUUCGAAGCUACCUCUUCCGCCAACUGCGCAACAUCUACCACCUACUAUACCACCUUCGAAACACCCCCCUCACUUCCGCCACUUUCAAAAUACUACGCCAAUACCCCUUUCCAACCCCUUUUUAAAAAAGCUCGGAAUCUGCCAAAGGAAUACGUCCAAUCUCAUCAAUCAGACCUUAGACUUCAAAUACUAUACCUUACACUACGAACACAAAGAGGUCUGACAGGUUCGAGAGCACUUCGGGACGAGAGAAUUUAG